ACUAAGUAGGUAGGUAUCGAUCUGCCUAGCAAUUGAUAAUGCCGAGGACGGAUCGUUGUUGCCAUUCCUGUGUCUGUUCUUUCCCUUCGUCCACAACUACCUAGGCAUCUAUCUUUCUUUCCUUUCUUCCUCUUCUCUGUGACUCACCUCAUCAUCAACAACAUCCCGUCCCUUGUCGAUUCAGAACACCUGAGCACCACUCGAGACCUGCACCUGCCGUCGACAUCCUGUAGGCAGUCACCAUCACCGACAGAACCACAUCUCCUACAUCUCGCGACCUCCAGCACCUCGACACCAUGGCCACCAACGGACACGCCGCCGAGAACGGCACCGCCGCCCAGUCCACCUUCGCCGUCAAGGCCGGUCUCGCACAGAUGCUCAAGGGCGGCGUCAUCAUGGACGUGAUCAACGCCGAGCAGGCCCGGAUCGCCGAGGAGGCCGGCGCCUGUGCCGUCAUGGCGCUCGAGCGCGUGCCCGCCGACAUCCGCGUCCAGGGCGGCGUCGCCCGCAUGAGCGACCCGGACAUGAUCAAGGAGAUCAUGGCCGCCGUGACCAUCCCCGUCAUGGCCAAGGCCCGCAUCGGGCACUUCGUCGAGUGCCAGAUCCUGCAGAGCAUCGGCGUCGACUACAUCGACGAGUCCGAGGUCCUCACCCCGGCCGACCCCAAGAACCACGUCGACAAGAACACCUUCGACACCCCCUUCGUCUGCGGCUGCCGCAACCUCGGCGAGGCCCUCCGCCGCAUCCACGAGGGCGCCGCCAUGAUCCGCACCAAGGGCGAGGCCGGCACCGGCGACGUGGUCGAGGCCGUCCGCCACAUGCAGACCGUGAACGCGGAGAUCGCCAAGGCCAGCUCCGCCUCGGACGCCGACCUGCGCUCGAUGGCGCGCGAGCUGGAGUGCGACUACGCCCUGCUCAAGCAGACCGCGCGGCUGGGCCGGCUGCCCGUGGUGAACUUCGCCGCGGGGGGCAUCGCCACCCCGGCCGACGCCGCGCUCAUGAUGCAGAUGGGCUGCGACGGCGUCUUCGUCGGCUCCGGCAUCUUCAAGUCCGGCAACGCGGCCAAGCGGGCCAAGGCCAUCGUCCAGGCCACCACCCACUUCCGCGACCCCAAGGUCCUGGCCGAGGUCAGCACCGGCCUGGGCGAGGCCAUGGUCGGCAUCAACUGCGACCACAUGCAGGAGGAGAACAAGUACUCCAAGCGCGGCUGGUAG